UACUCGGGCUCGUGGAGCUGUAACUCUGGCGGAAGUAAGAGGGAAAACGAGAGCUAGGAGUUGCCACGUCUGAGGCAAUUAGGUGUUCGCUUCUGGAAAAAAGUGGCAAAAAAGUACACCCAGUUUAUCAGAGUCAUUUUUAAUAGAAACGGGACUGAUUCGUCGUACAUCAGGAUCUGUUUCCGAGCUUGAUACAGCUAUGGUGUCUGUAAUUAACACAGUUGACACAUCCCAUGAGGACAUGAUUCAUGAUGCCCAGAUGGAUUAUUAUGGUACUCGACUUGCCACAUGUUCUUCUGACCGAUCAGUUAAAAUAUUUGAUGUUAAGAAUGGAGGACAGAUCCUCGUAGCAGACUUAAGAGGUCACGAAGGACCAGUAUGGCAAGUAGCAUGGGCUCAUCCAAUGUAUGGCAAUAUACUGUCAUCUUGUUCCUAUGACAGAAAAGUCAUCAUUUGGAAGGAAGAAAAUGGAACUUGGGACAAGAUGUAUGAAUACACUGGGCAUGAUUCUUCAGUAAAUUCUGUUUGUUGGGGACCAUAUGAGUUUGGACUGAUUCUUGCAUGUGGUAGCUCUGAUGGUGCAAUCUCCUUGCUUACCUUUACUGGAGAUGGACAAUGGGAAAUCAAGAAGAUUGCCAAUGCACAUACGAUUGGCUGCAAUGCAGUUAGCUGGGCUCCUGCUGUUGUACCUAGUAGUCUUAUUGACCAGCCGUCUGGACAGAAGCCAAACUACAUCAAAAGAUUUGUCUCUGGAGGUUGCGACAAUCUGGUCAAAUUAUGGAAGGAAGAAGAUGGUCAGUGGAAAGAAGAUCAAAAACUAGAGGCGCACAGUGAUUGGGUUAGAGAUGUAGCUUGGGCUCCUUCAAUAGGUCUUCCUACAAGCACAAUUGCCAGUUGUUCACAGGAUGGCAGAGUAUUUAUCUGGACCUGUGACGAUCCAGCAGGGAAUGCUUGGACAGUUAAGCUUCUACACAAAUUCAAUGAUGUUGUUUGGCAUGUUAGUUGGUCCAUCACUGGUAACAUUCUUGCUGUGUCUGGAGGAGACAACAAGGUAACUUUAUGGAAAGAAUCUGUGGAUGGCCAGUGGGCUUGUAUUAGUGAUGUUAACAAAGGCCAGGGAGCAGUGUCCUCUAUCACAGAAGGUCAGCAGAGUGAGCAGUGAUGAACGGUACUAGAACUGUAUUAUACUGAGCAUCACAUGAAAAAGAAGAAUUUGAUAUAUACCUCCUUGGGAUCAUGGAGCACAAUGUUUACUGUUGAAUCUAAGGCAACAGAGGACUCUUAAGAGGUUUUAUUUUCUAAUCCAAAAGUUUGGAAUUUAAAAAAAUAAGUGAAUAAAAAUGGAAAACAAACUUGUUGAUAAA